CCUGGGAGUGCAUGUGACGUGAUGAGCGUCCUUCUGUACAACAUGGCCGAGUUCGACACUAUCUCCGAGCUGGACGAAGAUGAGGAGCGGGGAGGCGGCGAGGACCCGGCCGGCUGCUGCCCGGAGCCUGUGAUCGUGCGGGGCGCCGGGCACAUCACUGUGUUUGGCCUGAGUAACAAGUUUGACUCGGAAUUUCCAUCAGUUCUGACAGGAAAGGUGGCGCCAGAGGAGUUUAAGAUGAGCAUGUGCCGAGUGAACACAUGUCUGAGGAAGAGCCUGCCUGUGAAUGUGAGGUGGCUCCUCUGCGGCUGUCUGUGCUGCUGCUGCACCAUGGGCUGGAGCCUGUGGCCUGUCAUCUGCCUCAACAAGAGAACAAGAAGAUCCAUUCAGAAAUUGUUAGAAUGGGAAAAUAACAGAUUGUAUCACAAGCUGGGGCUCCACUGGAAACUGAGUAAGAGGAAGUGUGAGAGCAACAGUCUGCUGGAGUAUGUAAGUGCAACAUGCAUGUUUCUGCAUUAAACCACCGUUGCCAGUAGCUUCAUGGCCGUCAUUUGCAGAGGCUUGUUUUGGUUUUGCUUGUUCAGACAUGGCAGGUUGAGUAGGUUUGACUGGUUUCUCUCCCCCAUAACCUAUUCCUUACACAUACAAUGAGAACACAGGAUAAUAAAUUCACUCUGAAUCUGCUUCCCCCAAAUCCCAAAUCACAUAUUCCCCUAAAGAAUGUCUUCCAUGUGGCGGCAUGAUUGGAGUGAUGAUGAUAAUAGUAAUAGCAAAAUAGAUCUUCAGAGGAGAGGUUCUAACACACCUGUUUAAUGACAUGUCAUCUCUUCCUCUCCACAGGUGAUUCUUAUAGAAUUCCUACCAAAGUAUGCGAUAUUCCGGCCAGACUGAGGCAUGUGGAGGCAGGGCUCGGACACUUGCUGCCUUGUGGAUGUGCUCAGAGGAAUCGCGCCUCACACAGCACCCCCUACUGUCACAACCACACUUCACUCAAGAGCAGAUUUUGCACUUUCUGACACAGUGAGGCACCUUUGGUGCACAAGUAUUACCUGUUCCUCUGAGGCAUUUCAAUAUAUUCCUGCUGAAGUGUUCAGUAAGAAUGAGUCAUGUCUCACUGCACAAAGUCCAGUCUAAACCAAGAGGUAUUAUCAUUCUGCAGAAUACAUAAUAUAUGUAUAUGCAUGUGUGUAUAUAUUUAGUACAUACAAAUAUACAUAUACACAGUUCUAUGUUUAGAUAAAACUGGCAGCCUUAACAACUCUGUUCCAUUUUCACUAACAGUAACUCCAAAGUGAUCUUUCUUCCCCAUGUUGGGUAGUCCAUCUGUGUGCAUGCCCAUGUGGGCUGUAUCACUCUGAACUUGUUCAUUUACCCAUGUAAUUAUCAAGUUGGAGGAAUUUUUAUGCUGGUCGGUGUUUUCUGUUACUUUUUUUCUUUGGUUUAAACUGGAGGGUUGAGAGGUUUGAUCACUCCAUUCUUAUUGGAGGAAGAUUGCAUCAUUUUCUCUGCAGGCGAGGAGAGACCGUCCUCACAGCACCGCCAGUGCGCAUGUAAAUAAACUCUACUGCAGGAUAAUAUUAUUCCAGUGUUUACAGAAUGUAAUAUUGCUGUUGAUUUGCUUCACCUUUUGUGUUCAUUUACAAAAUACAUGUGGGUGCCUCCGUUACAUUUGGACCUCUUUACCUAGUAAGCCAUACAUUUCUGUAGUGCGUAAUGCCAGACUGAGUUAGAAUGUCUGCAAAGCUGGUGGAGGUUGGAAUGUAAAUGUACUGUAUUACUAGCAGCCCAGCCUAAUGUGCUUUACCACACUAACUCUGUCAAUAUGUUAUGCCAACCAAGUAAGGAAUGUCACAUACCACUUUUGAUUUUAUUGCCUUGUUUUUUAAUAAUGUCAUUUGUUCAAAAAUGAAUUGGAUAUCCUAUCCUUUGUAGACAAGUUCUUAACUAAAGAAUUAUGUUAAUACUACAGCAUUAUGUUACUACACCAAGCUAACCUCUUCAUUCUGUAUUUGUUACCUGCAUUAAUGUAGCCAUUUUAUUAAGAUAUGGUAGAUUACCUGGGAAUGGGGUGUAAUGUUCCCUUCAUUACUACAGUGCAGUGUCAGCACCCCCAGGUGUCUCACCUGUGCAGCGGUGUGCUGUGCAGGGCUCCUGGAACGCUGGGCUCGGUGACAGAGACACAGCACAGCAGCACAGCACUCAGUGUCUGUGCUGCGUAAAUAUUAUUCCCUCAGGAAUAUCAGAGCAAACUGUGUCCCUGCCGUUACAUAGUUUUAUUUAGAGUUACCUGUUUGAAGGUAUUUGGGUUGUGAUCUGGCUGAGAUAGUAAUCAAGGGCCUUUGACAACAUUUGCAAGCUGAGAAGAGUGUGAAGGGUCGCUGUUGGGGAGAGAACUCUGCUGGGACUCCCAGGGGAAGUCUGUUUCCUUUGCUUUUGCAUUGGCGCCA